AUAGUUCGGCAUUCGGCAAAGAUUAGGUGUUAGAACAAGCUUUUUGCUGUGGUUAAGAAUAUUAAAUUAAAUAAUUUGUUACUAAAAUGAGCCAAGAAACUAAACUUUUUACGAGAGAAGAGCUUAAGUGUCGCAAUACGCGGGAGGAUGCAAUUCUAAUAAUCCACAACGGUGUGUACGAUGUUACACACUUUCUUGAUGAGCACCCCGGCGGCGAGGAGGUGCUCAUGGACCUGGCGGGCAAGGACGCCUCCGAGCCCUUCGAGGACGUCAGCCACAGCUCCGACGCCAGACAGCUGAUGGGCAAGUACAAGAUCGGCGAGCUGGUGGAGGCGGACCGCACCGCCGCCAAGCCCGCCUACGCCCCGCAGUGGACCAACGACACGCCCGCCGAGAACAACUCGUGGAGCUCGUGGCUGGUGCCGCUACUGCUGGGCAUCGCCGCCACCGUCAUCUUCCGCUACAUGUUCCUGUAGACAAGACCGUACGCGGUGCGAGGUAGCCAAGCCUGCGAGAGUGAGAGAUUGACAAGCACCAUUCACUGGACAACGAAUUUGCUACCGUGCCUACUUGAAAGUUUUUAAGCUUUAAAUCAUAUACUAAAUGGCUUUGGGGUCCAAUUAUUGGACGUCGAUUUUCAGGCAAUCGAGAAUUGCCCCCCCUGAGUGCAUGAAUUUUUCGCUAAAAAUGUAUUAAGUUUUCAGUUUUAGGCUUAGUCUACGAUCAGAAUUUACUUAAGUAUUUCUAAAAUCCAGACUAGCCUAAGACCUUUCCUUAUAGACAAGAUUUCAGGUCAACAUUUCAAUACAAAUUAAACGGUAUGACCGAGUAAACUCAACUGUAAACUUACGCAAAACCAAAUAGAGCAAUGUAUUCAUUCAAGUAACCAAUUUGUAAUUAAUGUUGUGUUUUUUAAAUUCUGAGCAAAGGUCAACUUAUUUAAAUGCUCUUUGUGUCUUACUGACCUACUAGCACAGUACAAAAUAAAUCAUUAUAAACUAUAAGUAUAUGUAAUAAAACAGUUCUGUCCUGAAAAUCAUAGUCCGGGAUCAAAACUACGGUAUCCUAUAUCCUUUACGGGACUUAAAAUACCUCCAUACCAAAUUUCAUCAAAAUCGA